AUGGGCUUCGCAAGUCAGCCUUCUUAUACAAAUGCGCAGCCUAUUAGUCUCCGGUCAAGAUCUUUCAUUUAUGCUGAUGAUCGGGCAACAGCAGUUCAGGCAUUAAACUACAAGGGUAUUGAGGAAAUACUAGCUGAGAACCUGGAAAAUCUCACCAACUAUUACAAUAAAAAUCAGCUGAAAUCCAAUACAAAACACCUAGGUGAAAUAUAUCAUCGCCUGUGUCUUGAUGAGGAUUUGCUAGUGAGAAGAAUGGCACUGUCUAUGUUCACUGGUAUAGCUGAAGAAGCUGAUGUCACAUUCUAUGCUUCCCACCUUGUGCCUAUUUUGGAGACGUUUCUGGAAGAUAAGACAAAAUCGAGCCAGACAAAAUCGAGCCAGACAAAAUCGAGCCAGACAAAAACUAGCCAGACAAAAACUAGCCAGACAAAAUCGAGCCAGACAAACUCGAGCCAGACAAACUCGAGCCAGACAAACUCGAGCCAGACAAACUCGAGCCAGACAAACUCGAGCCAGACAAACUCGAGCCAGACAAACUCGAGCCAGACAAACUCGAGCCAGACAAACUCGAGCCAGACAAACUCGAGCCAGACAAACUCGAGCCAGACAAACUCGAGCCAGACAAACUCGAGCCAGACAAACUCGAGCCAGACAAAAUCGAGCCAGACAAAAUCGAGCCAGACAAACUCGAGCCAGACAAAAUCGAGCCAGACAAAAUCGAGCCAGAGCUAA